CGAGCUGUGCGUGCAUCAAAAUGCCAGCACGAACAAGGGUUACUACGACGGAUCUCUUAAGUCAAGUUGGAUGCCAAUACCGUGAAGGAAGAGUACGAGCUCCUAGUCCGCACAAGAAAGUACAGCUGUGCUAUGUCGGAGGACAUCGCUAAAAACAGAAAGUAUUUGUGCAGAAGCACUAUACCCACCACGUUAACGCAGAAUUUGUCGCCGAGUUCACCAGGAAAAAGAAUGCUAUCUACAAUCUGACGCUCAUGAGCAAUUUCCUGGGAGAAGUGGUGCGCAAAAUACACUCGAGUAUGACAGAUUCUUUAGAUUUGGUGAAUCCUUAUGUUCAACUAAUCCCCGGUUUUGAAAAAGCUCUCCGAUUGAUAGGGUUUGAGUCUGUCGGUUCCUCAUCCAUCAAGAUUGACAUGGAGAAGAUUUCUAAUGAGGCGAGGAAAAGUAUGGAGGGCACUGUCGCCCUUUCUACUACACUGAAGCUGGAUAGAAAGCCUCGGGGCAACACGUUGUUGUCACAAUUCAACUUCUAUCUCGAAAGAGUUAUCGGAUACCACCUACAGUAUCAUAGGGUCCGCCGUGAAGGACACUCUGCGGCGGCCUACUCUCUCGUGUCUACUAUACCGCCUGAGUAUCUGGACAACAUGCAGUACUCCAACGAAUGGUUUGAAGCACAUUGCCCAAGUUUUGAUUUGCAUAUGAACUACCCGAGAGGCACCGAGCUUGCGUAUAUGCGAACAUUGAUGGCGCCUUCAACUACACGUGUGUCAUCGGAUCAGCUUGCGGAGGUGGCUUGUGUGAUUGUGCUUUACAUCAAGCAUCACUCCGCGUCCAUGCGGUGGG